AUGUCUUGGAUUUAUAUAAGAGAACUAGUUCUGAAAUAGAGAAAAUUAGAGCAUCUGGACAUGCUCUUAUUCUCUGUUCUCGCAAUUCUUGCUUGAAGCCAGAAAGCAGCUUGCAAGAAAAAAGUGUAAUUAUUCAACCUUAUUUGGUCCUAGAGAAAUCUUUUCAUAUCGAUUAA